AUGGACUACGACACGGACACGUUGCGGUCGGCAAAAUGCAACCGGGAUGCCAGCCACAAGUACUACAAGAUGCUCAUGGCGGUGAGUCGAUAGAAGGAUUUCUCUUCACCUACAACAGACUUCCCCAGCCCCCAUGGUCCUCACUGAUCGUUUCUGAGCUCCCAAUGAAUCGAUCUGUACCAGAGUUGAGCGGAAGAACUCAACGGAAGAACACGGAAGAAUUUUUAUCUUUUUUAGAAAUUUUUUUCAUGAAAUGUGAUCAACUGACGAAAUGUAUAGCAAAGUGAACUCAACUCUGCUCAUAGAAAAAUAAUUGUAAAUUUAACUUUUCAUACAAAAAAGUUAUUCGAGUUGUUCUAUGAAAAUGUCCUUCCGUCUUCCGUUAGCCCUCAUUUUUUCACGGAACAACUCGAAUAACUUUUUGGUAUGAAAAACUAAAUUUACAAUCUUUUUUCUAUGAGCACAGUUCACUUUGCUAUACAUUUCAUCAGUUGAUCACAUUCCAUGAAAACAUUUUCUAAAAAAGAUAAAAAAUUCUUCCGUGUUCUGCCGCUCAACUCUGAUCUGUACCAAACUUAAAAGUUAGAAGACAGUUGAUCUAAACUUCACGGGGAUUCCGAAUCUAGUGCCCAUUUUUGUUGCCAAUUCGAGAAAAUCGUAUCGGACAACAGAAAUCCUAUUUUCUUCCUUCGUGACGGUCGCGUGAACUCCUUCCUUGUCGAUGCAAUUUAAAUCAACAGUACCGUUUCUUAUGCCCGGCCCCAGAAAUCCCAACUUUUCUUGGCAUCAUUCAAUAGUCAGUAAUAUCGGCGCCAGAAUCUGUAGGUUGCAAAUCUCACAUUUUCUACAAAUUUAUGACCGAUCGAUCAUCCCAGCCACUUCGUCCCUCAUCUAUUUUCAAAACUUUUAGCACAAAGCGUCCCCCUCCACCUUCUUCUUUCCUUCGAGUAAUUGUCGUGUUCGGAAUAGAAAGACGAAGGUCAUCUCCUUCCAAACACGUCUUCUCCAUGUCAUUUCCCGCCAUUUUCAAUUACUUAUUGUCGUGGUUUCAGUUAGGACGGCCUCAAGUGCCCAUUCUUCCCUCUUUUCCUCAUUCUUUCACAUCCCUACCGUACAUCUUUUGUAGUUUGAUCCGUGGAGCUCACACUUUUUGUUGAAAACUAUCCCGAAUGUUGCCCUCCAAAACAGCGAAAUGUUUUAUAAAAACGGGGCGGAGCAAGUCCUACGAGUAUAAAAGCGGUGGGAAGAGCUGAAAUUGAAACAGAAGCGGGAGGGAGCAACAUGUUUUGUUUCGACGCGUUUCUUGACGCGACUGUCAAGUGUUGGCGUUUGGAUCGAGAACGAUCGUUUGACGAAGAUCAUGAGCCUUAUAAGGUGAGCCACGGGUCUGUUUUGCAGCGGAAUGACUAUGGUCCGCACGGUGAUUCUUUGCGAGGGUGCAGUGAGGAGAGGCCCCCCGUCCCGUGAACUGUCCUCUCUAAGCCUUUUCCCGCUCGCCAGAACUUCAAAUGCGUGCUGUUUGCAGAAUACUGAUUUAUUUUUCCUAAAUUUCUGGGAAUCAGUUCAUUGUAAAGGAAACUCGCAAGCGGCAACGAGAAACUCGCAGAAAUGUCUAGGGAUCACUGCCAAAAUAGCUUCUUUUUUUAAAAUAUGACUUAUCGUGCGUGCUUUUUGUGUCUCUUUGUUAGUUUACAUCACAAUGAACUCAUUUCCAAAAAAAAUCAAGUGAAAUGAAUCAGUAUUCGUCCGACGGCACGCAUCUGAAGCCACGGAACAGGCAAGGAGCGCGCGGGCGGUGAAGAGACACAAAAAGCACGCGCGAGCAGCCAUUUUUCGGAAAAAGCUAUUUUUCCAGUGGCCUAUAGAUAUUUUUGCGAGUUUCUUGUUGCUCUUUGUUAGUUUUGAUCAUAAUGAACGCAUUCACCAUGACAAUGAAUAAGAUGAAUCAGCAUUUCUCCGGCGGCACAAAAAAAGAAUCACCGUGGUCCGAGUUACUGUUGGGUUUACGGUAGAUGGAAAACUCUGGCUUUGUCUCAAACAUUCACAAUACAGCAUCAAAGUCUUAGAGACUUACAAUAUCCCCGAAGCCACGUUGUAUCAUUCGUAUCACAAUUGCCAAGGUGACGUAUGUGUUUGCCGUGCCCAUAACGGACGUCCCAUUCUGGCAACAUUUCCGCGUGUUGACAUGAUGCUCGGCGAGCAGCUUAGAACUCAACGAGCAGCCGGCUGGUGGUAGGCGCCUAAUGUAACCGUAAUCCGAUCCCGAACGGCUCGUGAAGAGCUUUCUCUCUCUCUCUCCAGCGAAAAAGAGUACAAUAGUACUCUUGUAGGGUCCUGUUGCGCGCAUAUGCAUAUUCGGCCGGGAACUGUCGAGUUGCCUGCAUUCCGUUCGCCGUCUGCGUCUCCGCCAGCCAUGGCGAAACGGCUGGUGUCCUUUACUUUCGCCCCCCGUCCCCUGGUGACACCCAGUACCUCCUAAUGUACAUAAACAAAUCGCACGCGUCCAUUCUCUCUCUCUCUCUCUCUCUUUUACUCUUUCUACUCUCCUUCGCUUUUGUGUUGCUCUAUGAGUCACUGCAUUCAUUCUGCAUUCCAAAACGUCUUAUCACUCCGUCUCCGUCUCUUUCUUCUUACCUUUUUGACCAUUUCUGCUCGAAAGUUUAUGCUCAUUGCGCAAUCCUUUUCGACGGUCCCUCUCAGGUUUUCAUUGGUUUUUUUGUUUAUGAUGAAAAGAGAGAAAGAGAAGAAUGAAGAAUGCAAAUGUGAUUCACGGACGUUUUUUUUCCGUUCGAUUCCACAAUACUCAUUUUCCAUUCAUUUCCACAUUCCACAGUUUACAUUUGUGCGUUGUUGUCUCGUCGUCUCAGUUGCCAAAUGUCGGAGAAAAGCCAACUUUUCUUUUCUUUUUAUAAAGAUCACAAAAUGAAACGAUUGUCCUCACUUUUCAUGGCCCAAAACGUUUCCACUAAACUUUAGAUGAUUUUUGAGCACUAGACAACCCUGACGGACCAAAAAUGUUCUUUUUUCAGUCAAUUUGUACAUUCCUCUAUCCACUUCUUGUGCUAGCACCCACUUCAGACCUCCAAAGUAUCCGGUCUGCCUCCUGGCUUCUUCUUCUUCUUCCUCUUCUGCUUUUCCUUUCUCUUUUUCUCUUCUAACCUAUCCAUUCCAUUUCUUGCAGCCAACAAUGAUGAUGAGCGGAACGAGUCUGCCACCUGCGAAGGUAAGACCCCCCUCUCAAGUGAUAUUAUCUUUUUUGCCCCUUCUCUCCAUCUCGGAUACAUUACCCAACAGUCUCCGUUUCUCUUCCUCUUCAGAAGACAAGAAAAUCGCCUUUCUUUCCGAUUUUUUGAUUCGCACUCGAAAUGACUGUUCAUUUUUGGAGAGGAUAUGCGUAGACAAGUGUCGCCAUCCCACACACGGAUUAGGAUUAGCGCGAGGGAACAAAUCGAACAAGUUUUUUUGAGAAUACAUAUUCCCGACCGAUCGAUUAUCAUUGAUUCUCUACGGGAGCGACGAUAAAAGUGGAAAUGGCCGAUUUCCGAUUUAUGAGCGGCUUCUUCCUCCGUUUACCAAACCAAAUGAACAUUGGCAGUGGAGCGAGAAUGCUUCAAAGUGUCGGAACAAGACAAAAGAUUACCUUCCCCUCUUCCCUCGCCCGUACGAUCACCGAAAACUUUCCCACAGUCUCAACAAACAUCCUUCCUUUCCCCUCUUUUUUUCCUCUGACAGGCGCCGCGAGCCGCUGCUCUCCAAUGAGAACAAAUUUCCGUUUUUAGACGGCCGCGUUUUGAUCUUUUUCUCUUAAAUCGUUUGGGCUCAUUGAAGACGGUGUAUCUCGGCUGUCGGUUUAUAUAUCAAAAAUUGAUCAACUAACAAAAUGCGCACAAUGUGUUAAUGAUCAAUUCAUUAGUUGACAACUUUUUGAUAUCUCUUAAAGCAGCUGAGAUAUAUCGAUUCAAAAAGCAAUACUGAGGAACCGCAAUCCAACCUUUCGUGGCACAUGCAAUUCUUACAAUUAAAAGUGAACUUUACAAAUGUACAUGAUAUCUAGCUGGUUCCGAAUACAGUCUAGUAUGUUCCCUUUGACACGGGAACCGGGCGCCACCACUCUCAAAGCGCCACUUGAACUCGAAGAAUCCAGCUGCUCCACCCUAUCAUUCUUCUUCUUCUGUUUCACUCCUCUCGUGUUGACUCGUAUUCAUUCAUCCAAAUUAAUCCGUGUCCCACCACCACCACCACGUGUCAUUGCUCUUUUGCUCCUCUCGGCGCCGAGAGACACUUUCCGGAUGGCGCCUUUGCGGAAUGACGCGUCGCGCGCGCGCACGGAAAAGAGCAGAAAAGCAUCCGGGAGCCAACCCGUCCGAGUGUGUGUAUCGCUUUGUUUACGCCUUUUCAUAUAUAUAUUCCCCCCCACAAACAACGACACCGGCAAGUUUUUUUGGCAUUUGCGAGCAUUUCGAUUGGAAAUUGAUCAUUGAUUCACACAAAAACCUUUGAUUGAGCUUCUCCAUAAUUUGCAUGUCCUAUGAAAGCGCCGCCCGCUUUUCGAUGAGUCAUCCGCGCGGCAUCGAUUCGAACACCAACACGACCUUUCUCACCCCCCUCCCACCCAGUGUUUGUUCCUCCCUUGUUGCAAACGAAAUGCGAGAUUGAUGUGCUUUUUGCCGCGAAACGUUCUUCUCUUUUCCGAAUCCGUCCUACUGGUUGUGUUGUUGAUUCAGAAGGAAGGUCGACGGCGCCACAGGCGGUCCCCUCCCGAUCCCAUCCAUCCAUCAUUUUGCAUCCGUAGUUGAUCAUUUCCGAAUGUGCAUUUGUAUACGAAAACUUUCGGUUACUUCUAGCUAACUUACCAAAUACCGUUUAUUCAAGAGCACGUAUCUCGGCCGCCUGUAGACAUAUCAAAAAGUGGUCAACUGAUAAAAUGUGCAAAAUAACGUAAUUAGCAAUUUAUCAGCUGACAAGUGUUCGGUAGCUCCACCGUCAGAUGAGAUAUAUCGUCUCGAAUGAAAGAUGCCCUUUUUAGCACAGUUUCGCUCAACGUUUUCGAAACUUUACGCAAAACGCCACGAUCGUCUGUGUCAUUUUGUGUUUACUCACUCUUCUUCUUCUUCUUCCAGUUUCACCCUAAAAUCUGAUCUAGUUUUGAUGAUAUUCACCCCAGCAUCUGACUCAUCUGCCUGUUUUUUUUCCUGCCCACAUCUGGCCUUGGUCCACACUGCCGGCAGCUGAUGGCGAUUCUCACUCUCUCUCUCUCUCUCUCUCUCUCUCUCUCUCUCUUCCAUUUUCUUCUCUCCAUUUCCCCCUCAUUUAUUACCCAUUCUUCGGGGGGCCGUUUCGACAUUGUCUUCCUUCUUGUGUCGCCCGCACCUGCGAAUCGCCCGCAUUCCAUUCGCAUUCUUUUUAUAGCCGACUCACGGAUUACUGUAGUUCUCAUUUGAAAGCAAAAAGUAUGGGUGUUCUUGUUGGAGAAUGAGUACAGAAAGGGGGUCCUAUUAAACGUGCUUCUUUCCGUGCAUGGCUCUUUUCGGUGUGAAAGCGCGCGGAGAACCGUGAAAACGUUUGUGUGUAGGCCGUCUCCGCUUCUCAACCACUCUCUCUCUCCUCGCAAUUACCCUCUCCGACACCUGUUUCGCUAUAAGAUUUCAUUCAUUCCAAUUCAAUUCUCCAAAACGAAAGGAAUCGUUUCUCUUUUUCCAAAGGUCAACUUGUAUGGGAAUGUGUUGUUUUAACUGUGAUUGAAGGUGUUCUUACAGCCGUCUCGCAGCUAUCUGCCUCACGACACCGGUCCAAUGUUGCACAGAAGUCCGUCCGGAGCAAAACGGAAAAUCCGGCAAAAGCGGGAGGAACAGUGAGUUUUUUUAUUUCAUGCGAGCGAGUUAGAAUCAGAACGUUACUUUCUAACUAGUUCUCGGCAAAUCAAAUCGUAUUUUUUCAUCACAUUUUCAGAGCGUCCCGCCCGUCGCCGUUCCUGUCGCCGUCCAGCUCCUCCUCUCAAACUUCAAUCUCGCCGACGCCCACCGAGACCUCUUCCAACUAUCGUUCGCUCAUCGAUUCCGGCGACUAUCAGUCGAUCCUUCCGGAUUUCGAGCCGUCCUUCGUCCCGGUGCCCACGCCGAGGUACGUUUUUUUCUCCUUCUUCUCGUUCCCUCAUAUUUGCUGAAAAGCUUGCACACAUACAUGCAUACAUAUUUGUCCGUUUUCGUUUCCCAUUCCUCCUCUCCAUUCCGGGUCAUUUUCUUUUUGUAGUCUGCCGCUGCUGAUGCCUCGGUCAGGUACUUUUCUAUGAAAGUUCGUUGCAAAGCGGGACGGAUUCCAUUCACCCAAAACGGUUAUGCAUUCGUCCGAGGGCGGCACGUCGUUUAGUGCGUACAUUUCAUUUCUGUGACUGACAUACUUUUGAGAUGAGGUUCCCUCAAUCAAUCAUUUUUCUACUUUUGGAAGGUUACCUUCGGCAAAAGAAUGGAACUCCAACACGCUGUAUCCCAGUUGUUUGUAAAGAUAUAAAAAGUGUUCAAUUAAUAAAAUGUACAUAAAAUCAUAAUGAGCAUUUCAUUAGUUGGAGCCUUUUUGAUAUCUCUACCGACAACUGAGAUAUAUCGUCUUGAAUAAGAGCGGCAUUUCUAGAUUUUCAGAAAAAUGAUCUUCAAACUCUUUAAACCUUCCUGAACAAAUUUAAGGAUUAGGCAAAGUUUACCAGCUCAACACUUUUCGAAAGAAUUACAGCAGCAAUUAGUCCCUCUUUUCCUUUCUUUUUCUGUUUCCCAUUCCCAUCGUCAUUUUGCGAGCGAAAAAAACGCGCGGUCAGUGCCCUUUUCCCAGGUUCAUUCGUAUCAUUCACGCCCCUUUGAAACGUCGUCGGAUAUCAAUCGAAAGUCGCAUUCUCUCUUUCGUUACCGUUCCGAACUGUCCUAAAUGCAUGAUCUGAGCGUCUCUCCAUCUCAGUGCUAUUCGCUUCUUAUCGGUUUUAUUCGGUUUCGUCUCAAUUUCGAUUUCAAUAAUUAUGAACGAGUGAAAAUUGUGACGGAUGCCUGGAGAGAUCGGGCAAAGAUCGUUUGCUAAGCUGUAUAAAUUCCUGGGCAGACUGCGAGACAGUCGUAAAAGUUGUGAAACAAGCCAGACUGAUAUAAAUGAUAGCACUAUCACUUGUUGUUCAAACUGGAGCUGCAGGAGACGGUGGCACUUGAAUUCCUUUUGAUGAUAGCUCUCUGUUAUUCACAACUCAUCUAGUGCUAGUGCCGUGUGCAUACACCAUCACGGUAACUUGCACAAAACGUGACUACCGUAGCACGUGCUUCCUUCUCCUCCUCCUCCUCCUCCUCCUAAUUCUCAUUCUCCCCGUAGAAGCUACUGAAAUUUGCGGAAUGCAAGCAAUUUCCCGGCGACGUCUCCGUCUUUUUCCGUCUGCGUCUCUCCGAUCCGCACACUCUGUCGCCGAAUAAUUGGCAUCGCUUCCUGCGAUCUCACGUAAUCGGGCGACAAGUUUGCCGCCCUCCCCGAUCCGCGCGCCGCCCUGGAACAAGCUUAUUCACCACCGAGAAGAAGGAGAAGAAGAAGGAGAAGAAGAAGAAGAUCGUCCUUUGUCAGCCCUCCGAUCGCCCGCCACACAACCUUUUUUCCUUUCUUUCUCCACUCUAGCACACGUUUCUACUGUUUCGAACAAAACUAACUGACCACAAUCAUUGCUAUCCGACCCGUUUCCGCAUCAUUCUGUUUUCUUCAGACUGUCAGUGCCGUUUUCCAACUCGAUGAGCUCUCUGGAACUCUCGACCCAAACGAUGCCUGCGCCAGUUGCUCCGCCGACCGCCGCCGUCCUGCCGACUCCGCCGCCCGUCACCGCCAAACCGACUGUCGAGGUCAGUUGUGCGUGCCAAUGUUCGGAGGAGCACUAAAUUACAUUCUCACAGCCACUUGUCGGCAGUGCGCACCCGAGAUUUCUCAUUCAGUUUAAACUACACUGGUUCGCCGUAGACUUGCCCCGUUUCAGUACGGAAAGCACGACGUUUCGCAACUAACGUGAACUACUGUGCGAUUAAUUGCACUGUCAAAAGUUCACGUGGGUAUCGAUCGAAUACGUGCUUAUUCGUAGCGCAGAAAUAUUUUACGUAUGCGCACCUUACUACCUUCCGUUGAUAGCGCUAUUUGACCUAGGUAUGAGUCAUAGGCCCGUCCUUCUUGCCUCACUUUAAAUAUAGGUCAAUGUCUGCAAAAAGCAAAUUUCUCUGAUUGCAUUUUGAAAGUUAACGUGUCCUUUGGAAACUUCUAGAGAAAAAGCAGCAGAUGCACUGUAUCUCCCUGACUUUUUCCAGUUUUUCCUUAGAGGGUCGCUGAUAAUUAUUGGUACAUCUAUAAUAAGCUGAGAUUUAACACGUCUCAAAGUGCUUCCAAAGAACACUUCUCUAGUAAAACUCAGGCUACUAAUGUCUGUCCUAAACCCAUUCUCAUUCAGGUGCACCCGAUGCCGACGGACGAACGCUCUCCCUCGAUGGCCUCUUCGCUCAACGGAUCCAUCGACAUCGAUCUCUACAAACCGAAGCCUCCGGUGCCGGUGAAGCCGAAAGGACUCCGCAUCGAUCAUCUCAAUCGGUACGUUAUUUAACCUUUCCAAAAGAAAUUCCUGCCUUAUCAGCUGUCUGUUUGCUCUUUCCUAUGCACGUACCUUUUCGGGCCAGUUUUGUUUCGCAAGUUUCUUGUCGAGCCAUCCCUGCUCUUUUCUCCUCGUUUCUCAUUUCCGGAUCCGCCCACGGCCACGAGGCUCUCGCCCACUUUCCGUUGGCCGCCUCCUCGUGAGAAACCGCCCGACAAUACUCGUACUUUCUAUGCUUCCCUGUUUUAUUAGUUCGAAUUUGGGCGCGGAGAAAAGAGAGAACUUUUUUCGCAAAUUGACGUGUUUGCCUGAAAACUGUUAUCAUCGGUCUUCUUCCAAACGUAUUGUACAAAUUUCCGACUUGUAAACCAACACUCCUGUGUAUUUUGAUUUCAAACAUCUCAAACUCAAACGUCCAUCAGUCGAACACAACAAUAGUCGUAACGAUUCGGAUGGCGUUUACACUGUGUCCGGCAGAAAAUAAAUAAAUAAAUGAAUGAAUGAAUGAAUGAAUGGCGGCCCGACGGUGCCGUCGUUGUAACCUCUCCCCUCCCCUUCACACUUCUUCCCUUUUCAACUUGCCUUCUCACUCCUGCUUAUUUUCAGUCCUUGCAGAUCCACGUCGAUGACGUCGCUCUCGUCGCCAAUUCAGCACACCACUUCCUCGUUCCUCAACAACUUUAUGCCCACGCCGUCCCUUAUAAAUCUGCAGCAAGGGUACCGUAAUCCGGACUUGGGAAGCCAGGAUUUGGCGAGAUUGGAGAGCACGAGACACGAGAGCAUCCAGAAAGUGAGCAGGAAAUUGAGCACAUAUGAGGAGGAGAAGAAUCUGAUUGAGAACGAGCUUGAUGAGGUUGGUUUUUUUGCCACCUACCGUACUCAAUAUGGUCAUUUUUCAGAUCGAACGCACCGGAGCGCGUCUCUUGUCGAUCGUUGAGCAGAGGGACAAGAAUCUCGCUUCGAGGGUCCGUCGGUAUUUGGAUAAAAGCAAAGAGUUGGUGGGGAUUGAGACCAAUCUGAGAUUGCAAUUGAGCAAGUUGAACGAGAGAAUCAAGGACGGAGUUAUCGAUAUUGUAAGUUCACAUGACCUGUGUAAACAACACAGCACACUUUUUUAGUCGUCCGCUCGAGCCGAAGAGUCGUAUCUUCAAAAACGGUUCAAGGAUACGGAUUUUCUGCGGAAAAUCAGUGCGAGAAGGGAAAUCGACUAUGACAAAGAGCUGGUGAGUCUUUUCCGAUUCGAUCAAUAGAGCACAAUCGUGUUGUUUUUCAGUCGGAAAUCUUCACCGACGACCAGUUCCACCGUUGGAUUCUCUUCAAGAAGGCGUCGGUGCAACUGAUGCAGAACGAGUCGUCCGUCAGCUAUUUCAUCCGUGAAUCCAACAUGAAACUCGACGCGUUGCACCUUGCGCCACGUGGCACAAGUGCCUAA